GGAGUAUCUCUAGGGACACCCUUUUGCUUCUGACCACGUCUCCCUCCAGGACACUGGGCCUGCAGGAGGCGUCCUGCAGUUUUUAUGCCCUGGCCAGGUACAGGGGGAGGGGCUGCGCGAUGAACCACAUGAAGAUUCAGUAGAUCACGGGCCAUGCCCAGCGCACCAUAAUCAUCCACGGUUGCAAUGCCUUUGGCUCAAGGGAGUCGCCAGUUGGGCGCGUGCAAAAUCUACAUUACGCGGAAGGUCCUCACCCCAAGCGCAAACAUGACGGCAGGUGAGAUUCCAGCCGCGUACGUUGGCAGGGACAGCUUCUUUGGGGGCAGGCCACCGCUCCCACAGGAAGCAGGCUACGCGAUUGUACUGGGCGUCGGUGUCUUCCUCUCGCUUUUUACGACCAUCAUGGUGUACAUGGAUAAGGUCGCCAACGGCACAGCGAUCAACAUCGCUGGCAGGAAUGUGAAGACGGGGCUCACGGCGUCGGUCAUCGUGUCGCAGUGGACUUGGGUCGCCACACUGCUGCAGUCCUCCAACGCUGCCUGGAAUUACGGCGUGUCUGGCCCGUUCUGGUACGCUGUUGGCGCCACCAUCUCGAUUGUCCUGUUCGGCAUCCUCGCCACCGAGUUGAAGAGGCGGGCACGGACGUGCCACACGGUCUGCGAGCUCGUGUACGUGCGCUGGGGCAAGGCCGCACAUUUGACCUUCAUCUUCUGCUGCCUGGUCGCCAACGUGAUCGUGACGUCGAUGUUGCUGCUGGGCGGCGCCGCCACCGUGAACGCGCUGACGGGCGUGGACGCUGCCUUUGCCUCCUUCCUCAUACCGUGGGGCGUGAUCUUGUACACGGCGGCUAGUGGCCUGAAGGGCACUUUCGCGGCCUCGUACGUGGAAACGACCAUCGUCUUCUUGGCCCUGGUGGUCUGCGUUUACACCGUAUACGUCAAGGAAUAUUCCUCGGAUCUCAUCUACGACAGUCUCCAGGCGAUUUCGGGCAUGACCGAGUCGGAGUGCGUCGCUCGCUUCAUGAAAGAUGGUGUCACGUUCUACGAAGCGGGGACCUACUCAUGCGGCCCAGUGGUCGAGAACAAUUCUGGCUCGUACGUGACAAUGCUUUCGAUGGGCGGCCUCAAAUCCGGUAUCAUCAGCAUCGUCGGCAAUUUCGGCACCGUAUUCGCGGACCAGUCUUACUGGCAGUCCGCCAUCGUAGCGAAGUCGGCCAACGUGCACAAGGGGUACCUACUUGGCAGCAUGGUGUGGUUCAUCAUCCCGUUUGCACUGGCCACCUCCCUGGGUCUGGCUGGUGUGGCGCUCGGCUUGCCCAUCACCGCGGGCGAGGCUGGCUCUGGCCUGGUGCCAUCGGCCACGGCCGUGCACCUCUUCGGUGACUUCGGAGCCGUGAUGAUGGCCUCCAUGCUGUUCAUGAUCAUCACGUCCACAGGGUCUGCACAGGGAAAUGCAGUCUCUUCGUUGAUUUGCUACGACGUGUACCGGCGGUACAUCAACCCGAGCGCCACCAGCUCGCAGAUUCUCAAGGUCUCCCAAGCCGUCAUUGUGGUCUUUGGGCUCGGCAUGGGUGCUCUCGGCGUGGCUUUGAACCACAUGGGCUUGAACUUGGGUUGGGUGUACCAGUUCACGGGCAUUGCCAUCGGCUCCGCGGUGGUGCCCCUCUGGAACGUCCUCAUGUGGAAGGAUGCCAACGCCACUGGUGCCGUUGCUGCCGUGUGGGGCGGGAUGAUUCUCGCGCUGGCCACCUGGCUGACCAUCUGCCAGGCUGAGUUCGGCGAGAUCACGGUGGACAAUCUCGGCACCCUCAACCCGAACUUGGGGGGCAACAUCGUGGCACUGUGCUCCUCCGCGCUGAUCCACGUUGGCUGCUCCCUCGCCAGCCCGCAGAACUACGAUUUCGAGCCGAUGGGCCAGAUUGACGUGCUGGAAGGCGACCUCUCUGGCCUGGGAGAUGCCAACUACAGCCCGGAGCUCCUGGCAAAGGCUAAGGCGUGGCUCGUGAAGUACGGCUUGGGCUUCACUAUCCUGAUUGCUGUCGUGUGGCCCGUCCUCUCGCUCCCAGCCGGCGUUUUCACCAAGGACUAUUGGAUCUUCUGGGUCUUCGUCAGCAUCAGCUGGGCUUUCAUCGCCACUGUUACCAUCAUCUUCCUUCCGCUGUACGAGUCCAGGGGGUCCAUUCUCGGCGUCUUCAUGUUCAUGUUGUGCCUGAAGAAGGCGGAGAAAGCGGAGCCCGCGAAGAGCGAGGAGGCACAUCAGCUGGCACGCAGCGAGGGCGGGCGCGCAGCAGGCGGAGGCGAGGGCGUCGCGUCGGGGCACGCCCUCGCCAGCCAGUCGCGAGGUGCACCUUCGCCUGCUGCCCAUGGCCAGGAGCCAGCCACGCUUCAGCCAGCACGCCGCGAGGCGGAUUUGGGUCACACUGCAGCUUCCCCAGAGCAGCAACGCGCAGCUCCCUCUGAGCAGCACCGCGCAGCUUUCCCCGAGCAGCAGGCGCCUCGGGAGCAGCACCGCGCAGCUCCCUCUGAGCAGUACCGCGCAGCUCUCAUGGGGCAGCAGGCGCCGCUUAGGCGCAUCACCACCGCUCACCUCAACAGGAGCAGCACCGCUGACAUUAAGACACUGCUCCAGGGGCAGCUGGAGGAGCUGGGCGAGAUCUCGUCGCUGGUCGGCCGCGAGGGCGGGUGCGCAACAGGCGGGGGCGAUGGCGUCGCGUCGGGGCACGCCCUCGGCAUCCAGCCGUUCGGUGCACCUUGGCCUGCUGCCCCUGGCCAGGAGCGCAUGCUGACGCCGUCGGUCUGUCAGCGCAGCGCUCACCAGAGUCCUGUGUCGCCUCUGGCUGGCUGCCGCAGGGCGAGCGGUCCGUGGGCAGCGCCGACGACGACUUCAUGCAGAGGUGCCGCGCAGCAGUUUGGACUCCAGGCGCCAGGGCUCCCACGCUGCUCGAGUCCUCUCCCCCAGGCAAUGACAAGGCGGCGAGGCUGACGCCGAACAGCGGCCAGGCCCAAGGGGUGGACUACGUGCGGGGCUUCGAGGCACAGCUGGUGCGAAGGACGACAACGGAGGUGAAGAAGGUGCUGCAGGGCCAAUUCCACGAAUUCGAGGACGACUGCCACCUCCGCCCGCAGCAGGUGCAGCUGCAGGUUUUACCAGAAGACGCGGACGACAAGGUCGUCGACGUCCCAGAGCUGAGGCGCGCCCCGAAGCGCGAGGGCUGCGUCACGUGCACCUGCAUGGCGUGAAGCCUGCAACCGUGCUGAAUGUAUGCCGGCUGCAGGCGACGUGCCCAGGGCAUCGCUUCUGGUGGCGUGAUGUUCGCCAGACGCGCUGUGGCCAGACGAGCCACGAACACUGUACUCUCGAGGGGCCCUCUGUGGCGCCAAAGCCCUCAUGUAUUCUAGAGGGAGCAAGCAACACGUGCACUAGCCCCCCCCACCUUUCCCCGCCCCCCUUCUUUCACUCCAGCGCUUCCAGCUCCCCCCUGUGCGAUAUACGCUGUACAUCUAGUAUUAUGCAGCAUACUUCGGUUGCGGAAAACACUUGGCGACUGAUUUCAUAGAUUUUCUCGCGGUUGAGUUUCGACAACCCGUUGCCGUUCAAUUUCGUAGGGCAGUCCACCGGUGAUUUCACAAGGUUAUCCACCGUUGAUUUCACAGGGCAGUCCACGUUUGCUUUCACAGGACGUUUCGAGUUCAAGUGCGCAGGUCAGCAGAAAAUUGAUUUCACAGACCCUUUGCAGUUCAAGUUCGACCAGAUGGCGUAGACGGCAGCAGCAUCAUGCAUUCUACCAGAGCGAGGAAUUUCACAACUCGACGGCACGCCCAACAAGUGGAAUGAAUACCAGAAGCGCAACGCUCACGCUGGCCAAGGAAGGCGAAGCGGCUCUCAUGCUCAGUGCAGGUCUCACUUGAGAGGCCUGGGGCGAGGAGGAGGAGGAUCUCUCAGCGGACGACCUCAUCAAACCGAACGCGGCGAAGCUGCUCAUAUGUAGGCUACAGAAGCUACUCAAGAUGGACGAUCGCGCCGAGCUCGCGGACGACUUCGAGGAGUAGUUCUACAAGCUCAAGAGGGUCACAGGCGAAACGCACUUCGCCUACCUCUCGCGGGUUCGAGCAGCAGAACGGAAACUCAAAACGCGCGACAUCGAGCUACCCGCCAAAGUUCGAGGCCCGGCGCGCGCUGCCCGCCACGGUUGGCGGCGUCCGGACUGUUACUUCUACGUCUCCUACAUCGUCGGAUGGUCGGGCAGCCCCGGGUGUGACGGGCGGCUCGCGCCAGGACCCGCCUGGGCGCGCCUCUUCCUCCUUCUUCCUCGCCCCGCGCGCGCGCGGGUAGGCGCACCAGACUCAGGGAGGUGCGGGCGCUCCUCCUCCUCCUCCUCCUCCUCCUUCUCCUCCUCCUCCCACCUCCUCCCACCUCCUCUUUCUGCUCCCUGGACGUCUUGAUUUUUCAUGGCCUCGUCUCUGGGCCUCGCGCCGCGAGCGCUCUUCUCGGAUGGCCCCAGGGGCCCUGGGUGCCCCGCAUCCUCUCCCAGAGCAGAGGGCCUCGCUCGUGAAGACCAGCGGUGCCCCGACUGCGCUGGGGCGCUGGAGGCCCCAGGAGGCCCCAAGGACGGCCCAACCCGAGGAAAAAACCCGCCAACCAGAGGCCCCCCC